AUGCCACGUAAGCUACGUAAGAAUAUACGUAAGAGGAAGAGAGCAUUGAAACAUCCAAUAGUAAAACUGACACCACAACAACAGUUGCAACAACAAAUUAUGAAUGACCCCAUGUUGCAACAAAUGUCAAGCAACCCUAUGCUUUUAAACCGAGUUAUUGGUGCACAGAGUGGAGGUUUAAGAGCGGCACUUUUAGCGAAAAUGGCAGGCUAUGGUGGAGCUGCAGACGGAACAGCUUAUAACCCUCAAAGUCAAAUGAAUUUGAGUUCACUCAAAAAUCAAAUAACAGAUGUCAAAAAGUCAAACAUAGACAUACAGAAACAAAUAAGUGAAAACGAAAAGAAACUAGAAUAUGACAGACACACAAAGAAACUAAAUGAGUUAAACGUAGAGAAAAAGAAGAAAGAAGAACAACUGAAAGAACUAAGUACAGAGGAAUAUGCGAAAAAAGUGUCAGAAAAAGCAGCAGAAGUAGCAAAAAUGGAACAAGAUGUUAUAAAUUUGAAAAACCAUACUACUCAAUAUAAAGUACUGAAAGAUGAAGAGAUAAAACAAAAAGCCAUGAAGACAUAUAUGGAUA